CUCAGGUUCAUAAAAGGGUUGAACAGGAGAGUAGCUGCAAGCUGAGAGGCAGCCAAUCCAUCUGUGCCCCUGGAGGACUUGGUGCUGGAGCCUACAGCCAUGGCUGGGAACCUGACUGUGAAGAUGCUGGGAGGUGAGGAGUUCCUGGUGCCCCUGAGGGACUCUAUGCUGGCAUCGGAGCUGAAGCAGCAGAUAGCCCUGAAAACUGGCGUGCCUGCGUUCCAACAGCGCCUGGCUACCCACCCAGCUGGCACAGUGCUGCAGGAUGGGAUCUCCCUCAUCAGGCAGGGCCUGUGUCCUGGCAGCACAGUCCUGCUAGUGGUGAAGAACUGUAAUGACCCCCUGAGCAUCCUGGUGAGAAACAAUAAGGGUCGCAGUAUCGCCUACGAGGUCCGGCUGACACAGACUGUGGCUGAGCUCAAGCAGCAAGUGUGCCAGCAGGAGCACGUGCAGGCUGACCUGUUCUGGCUGAGUUUUGAAGGGAAGCCCAUGGAGGACAAGCACCAGCUGGGGGAGUAUGGUCUCACACCCCAGUGCACUGUGUUCAUGAAUUUACGCCUGCGGGGUGGUGGUGGGAAUUGGGCAGGACCAGGAGGGCGGUGCUGAGAGCCACCCACCCAAGUCCUUGACCAAGUAUGGGUAAUAAAAGUUGACAAAAUGA